AAACUCGCAGAUGAAACCCAGUAUAUUUAGAUUUCCUAUUUCCCUUGCUAUUGUUCGUAGAAAGAUUCACAGUUUAGCUAGUGGCCAUGCCCAUAAAGCAGAAUGUUCACCUGUGCCUGUGGAUAUUAAAGUUUGUCGCUCAAAAUCAAACAUAAGGAUGGAUGUAGAUGAACUGUUUGAUGAAAUGCCAGAAUUAGAUGUUCUAUCAGUUACAACUUUAAUUGGGCGGUUUGCCAGGCAGCACCGCUAUGAAGAAGCCAUGUGCCUCUUCUCAAGAAUGCUUUUGUUGAAUAUUAAGCCUAAUGAGUUCACUUUCGCUACUGUAAUUCACUCUUCCACUGGUCUGAAGAACAUUUAUUUAGGGAAGCAGUUGCAUGCUCGUACGAUGAAGAUGGGUCUUAACACUAUUGUUUUUGUAGGUAGUGCAAUGCUAGAUUUCUAUGCCAAGUUGUGUUCAUUUGAGGAAGCUCGAAAUGCUUUUGAAGAUAUCCAGAAGCCUAAUGUUGUCUCUUACACUACUUUGAUACAUGGAUACUUGAAGAAAGGGAAGAUUGAUGAUGCUCUUCAGCUUUUUCAAGAGAUGCCUGAAAGAAAUGUUGUGUCAUGGAAUGCAAUGGUUGGUGGAUUUAGCCAGAUGGGUCACAAUGAAGAGGCUGUAAGUCUUUUUAUUGAGAUGCUGAGAGAAGGUUUCAUGCCUAACCAAUCUACAUUUCCUUGUGCCAUUACUUCAGCUGCGAAUAUGGCUUCACUUGGAAUGGGCAAAAGUUUUCAUGCUUGUGCUGUCAAGUCCUUAUGCACCUCUGAUGUAUUUGUUUGCAAUUCUUUAGUUAGCUUUUACGCAAAAUGCGGAAGCAUGGAAGAUAGUCUCUUGGUUUUCAAUGAACUUCCUGAUAGAAAUACUGUAUCUUGGAAUGCUGUGAUAUGCGGUUUUGCGCAGAAUGGAAGAGGAGAGGAUGCUGUGAUCUUCUUUGAAAGGAUGAGGGCCGCAGGUCUGAGACCUAAUAGUGUUACUCUUCUCGGGCUUUUAUGCGCUUGUAAUCAUGCUGGUCUUGUCGAAAAGGGUUAUAUGUACUUCAACCAAAUGAGGCAAGAAGAGCCUGGCAUUUUAAAACCUGAGCACUAUGCCUGCAUGGUUGAUUUACUCUCUCGUUUUGGUCGUUUGAAAGAAGCAGCAAAGUUUCUUCAUGAUCUGCCUUUUGAUCCAGGAACUGGCUUCUGGAAAGCAUUACUUGGAGGCUGCCAUAUCCACUCGAAUGCAGAAUUGAGCGACUUAGCGGCACAAAAGAUUCUGGCUUUGGAUCCUGAAGAUGUCUCAUCAUAUGUAAUGCUGUCAAAUGCGUAUUCUGCUGCUGGCAGAUGGCAGCAAGUGUCAACAAUAAGGAGAGAAAUGAAGGAGAAGGGAUUGAAGAGGAUCCCAGGUUGUAGUUGGAUUGAAGUUAGAAGCAAAAUUCAUGUCUUCCUUAAUAGUGACAAGAACCAUCAUCAAAAGGAAGAAAUUUACAGUUUCUUGAAAUUUUGUGUUGAGCAAUUGAGAGAGAUAGAAGGUAUCACAUUUUCAAUAGAGUAUUAAGAAGAAUCCAUGUCAUUGAUUCUAAUGUGGGGCAAGUGUUGGAAGUGACUUAAUUUUAUAAUGAAGUUCUGAACGUUCAGAGGGGAUCAAAAUCUACUUCAAACUCCCUCUCUCUCAAGCACUAUGAUGAUGAUGAUUGCUGAGUCUACUUGACUUCAUUGAAGACUGGGGAUUGAUACUUUAAGCAUGGUCUAUGGCUAUGCCAGCUGAAAUGAACGUGGAAGGGUCCAAAGGUACGUCACUUAAAACACUUGUAAAAGCUUUGAACAUGGCAAGAGAUCAUGGUACGUGCUAAAAAGGCAGGCACAUUACAGAUUUUGCGGAGAUAUCCUCCAUUCUACUUGUAAAUAACUUACAAUUAUGUAUGGACGGAGAAAAAUCGAAAGGUAAGGAAAGGAAAUAAAAGAAGAAUUGAUUUUAAUUA